GUAAUUUCAACGUCAGAAAUUUACGUAAUUGUACCACGUACUAGCUGCGGGACUCUUCCCUAUCCUAAACCCUUGGAGCGUCGCCAGUCCAACAAGGCCUUGCCAACAGCUGCUCCGGUCCCUUCCAACAUCGGCCGAUAGCACCCAUCCACAAGUGAUAUUUUCGUCACACUUUUGCAACCUCCAUAGCGAAUAUAACUAUACGAUGACUGUCACCACAAUCUUGGGUCGCCGAAUUGAUCUCCCAACCUCCAUAUUCCUUCAUAGUCUUGCCUUAACAUUUUAUGGGCUUUCCUUGGUCUUCUACCCCACUUCGAAACCCUCACGGGCUAACGAUCGCUUUGCCAUGAUUGGUGUUGUAUUGACAUGUUUCGGUCUCGCUUAUCUUGGGACGGCGUACGUGCCCCAGGAACAGAACGCCUUCCUUUAUCGCUGCUGGGAAGCGUGAAUGUUUUACGAUUCUCAUAUAUGAUGGAAUUGGGGGGUGGAUUCUGGGAUGGAAUCUUGGCACAUGGAGUGGUAUAGCUCCCGCUUACCGGUGAUUUCGUGGUGGAUGGGCUUAUAACAAUGCGUUUCCUUCCAAUUCCGUGUGCAAUUUUCGCCCGGGUCAAGGCUGUAUGUAUAUCUGGUUGUUUUUUUUGGCUGUGAACCUCUGCAGCUCUUCUCGGCGCCCACAGGCGCUACGGCAACGUCUAUGACAAGGGCGUAUUCCUAUAACCCAUCGGGCCCUUGUCUUGCUUCUCCGGUACGACAUUCCGUGGGGGCUAGCUUAUAACAACUCUCGCCUCUUGUCUUCCACAAUCCUACACGACUAGUUCGACGAAUCCCUGUGACACAAACUAGCCGAUCGGAGCGAAAUGUACAUCCUUUAG